AUGAGCCCAACUUUCAACAAUAUUGUAUCUUCUCUGCAGAGAAGUGGAACAUUUAUCAAUCCCUUAAUUGCUGCUUUGACGAUUGGUGGACAACAACUGUUCUCCUCUUUCACAUUCAGUUGUCCCUGUCAAGUUGGGAAAAAUUUCUAUUAUGGUUCUGCUUUUCUACUUAUUCCUGCCUUGAUCCUGCUGAUUGCUGGCUAUGCUCUGCGAAGCCAAACAUGGACAAUUACCAGCGAAUACUGCUGUGGUUGUGCCCCUCCAUGCCGCCAAACCAGCCCCCUGGAACGUAAGCUGGCUUGCCUUAGGUUCUUCAGCAUCACCGGGAGAGCGCUUGUUGCUCCAUUAACGUGGCUGGUGGUGACCCUACUGACAGGCACCUACUAUGAAUGUGCAGCAAGCGAGUUUACGUCUGUGGACCACUACCCAGCAUUUGACAACAUCAGUGCCAGCAAACGGGAAGAGAUCUUAGCUGGGUUUCCAUGUUGCAGAGCAGCUCCAUCUGAUGUGAUCCUAGUAAGAGAUGAAGUGGCUCUUCUGCACAGAUACCAGUCUCAAAUGCUGGGUUGGAUUUUGAUUACCUUGGCAAUCAUCACUGUCCUAGUCUCCUGCUGUUUGGCAAGGUGCUGCUCUCCCCUCACCUCUCUGCAGCAUCACUACUGGACCACCUACCUGCAUAAUGAGAGGGAGCUCUUUGAACAAGCAGCAGAUCAGCACUCGAAGCUCCUCAUCAUGCAGCGCAUAAAAAAACUAUUUGGCUUCAUUCCUGGGAGUGAAAAUGUCAAACACAUCCGUAUUCCUUCUUGUCAGGACUGGAGAGAAAUUUUAAUACCCAGUCUUCUGUGCAUGGGUAAUGACCUGCAGGGUUACUAUAGCUUCCUUGGAGACAGGGUGGAUGAGGAUAAUGAGGAAGGCAAAUCAGAAGGUAUUGAAUUAAAACCUUGAUUACAGCACCUUUUAUAAUUCAGGCGGCUUAACAGAUAUUUUAUUUUUAUGA